AUGUCGUUCUUCAUUGAAAACACCAAUGUGGGUAACCACAGCCACCUGGAAGACUCAAGAAGUACGUGUGACCACAAAUUGCGCGCUAAAUUGCGGUGCGACUUUCAAGCUAACCCUCCUCUCCCGAGUAUAGUUAAGGGCUACAACCCCCUCACGCCGCCCAACCUCCUCCAGCAUGAGAUCGCAUUGACAGAAAAGUCGCGGGCGACGGUGCUGCAGGGCCGUGACGAGGCGGUGUCAGUGGUGCACGGCGACGACGAGCGACAACGGCUGAUGGUGGUGAUCGGACCGUGCUCGAUCCACGACCCGGAAAUGGCGCUGGAAUACUGUGACCGGCUGCUAAAGCUGAAGGAGAAGUACGCGGACGACCUGCUAAUCGUGAUGCGCUCGUACCUGGAGAAGCCGCGCACAACGGUCGGGUGGAAGGGCCUGAUCAACGACCCGGACAUCGACAACAGCUUCCAGAUCAACAAGGGCCUGCGCACGUCGCGCCAGCUGUUCGUGGACCUGACCAAAAAGGGCAUGCCCAUCGCCAGCGAGAUGCUCGACACUAUUUCCCCCCAAUUCCUGGCCGACUGCCUGUCCGUCGGUGCUGUCGGUGCCCGCACCACCGAGUCGCAGGUUCACCGCGAGCUGUCGUCGGGUCUGUCGUUCCCCGUUGGUUUCAAGAACGGUACCGACGGCUCGCUCGACGUCGCCGUCGACGCCAUCGGCUCCGUGAAGCACCCGCACCACUUCUUGUCCGUCACCAAGCCUGGUGUCGUCUCUAUUGUCGGCACCGUCGGUAACCCGGACUGCUUCGUGAUCCUGCGCGGCGGCAAGAAAGGCCCCAACUACGACGCCGCCAGCAUCGCCGACGCCCGCUCCAAACUCGAGGCCAAGGGCAUGCGCCCCCGUCUGAUGGUCGACUGCAGCCAUGGCAACUCCGAAAAGAACCACCGCAACCAGCCCAAGGUGGCGGCCGUGCUUGGCGAGCAGCUCGCUGCCGGCGAGACCGCCAUCAUGGGUGUCAUGAUCGAGAGCAACAUCCACGAGGGUGAGUUUCUGACUGUGACACCAAGUGAAUUCAUCCAUGCUAAUAUCUAUACCCUGUUCCCAGGCAACCAAAAGGUCCCGCCCGAAGGCAAGGCCGGUCUCAAGUACGGCGUGAGUAUCACGGAUGCCUGUAUCGGCUGGGAGGACACCGAGGCGGUGCUGGAGACCCUGGCCAAAGCGGUGCAGGCUCGACGACAGAAACUCAGCGCAGCAAACUGA